AUGCUUCUAGGUCAUACUAAGGCACAUGAUGCUGACAUCUCUCUAAAAACACGUGGAGUUCUAAAACUUUGCAUGUAUGAAUCACGUUGUCCACAUGUAACACAAUUGGAUAAUUUACCAAAUGAUUUGAUAAUAGAAAUUUUCGAUUAUUUACAGCCUUGUCGUGUUGUUUAUGCUUUCUUCGAUUUGAAUGAACGAUACGAUAGAUUAUUAACUGAAUACAAGCGUGAAAUUGAUUUAACUGAAUUAACAUUUGAUUUAUUUAAUUUUUAUUGUGAAACUUUCAUACCAGCAGUUAGUGGAAAUCUUCGAUGUUUAAAAAUUGGACAUACAAACCGAACUGAACAAACUUAUUUAUUUGCAGAGAAAAUUUUUCGAACAGAACAUCCGAUAUUUUCAAAUUUGAAAUCACUUUAUUUGUACAAUAUCACUGAAAGUGAACUUGAAUUAUGUUCAAAUGUAUUAUUUAAAUAUCUGGAACAUUUAACAAUUAAAAUGGAAACAAACACAUGUUUUUCAUUCGACUUGAUCUUUUCAACACUAAAUAGAUACGCUGAAAAUUUUUCAACUUUUAAUCCGCAUUAUCCAAAGCAACAUUUGAACAGUAUUGAAGAAUGA